AUGAAUGCAGUUCAACCUAACGUCAUUCCUCUCUGCAAGCAGUGGUCACAUUGUGUUUGUUUUUUGAAACGUGCAGAGACGACGUCGUUGCAACCCGGAUCAAGUGUACCCUAUUUUGGCGCCAAAGACGACGCCAUUGCAAUAAAGAAGAAGCUUGCUGGGUGGAUCCCUGAUGGGCAGCUUUGCCCCACUGUUCCUAAUAGAUCUAAUUACAUCCAUUGGAUAGAAGAUCUUUUUUCAUCAGAAAUUAUACCUAAAGUUCAAUCAUAUGACAAUACUGUGAAGGGUUUUGAUAUUGGAACUGGAGCAAAUUGCAUUUACCCGCUACUUGGUGCAUCUCUACUUGGUUUGAGGUUUGUUGGUUCCGAUUUUACUGAUGCAGCUUUAGAGUGGGCAGAGAGAAAUGUCAAAAGUAAUCCUCAUAUUUCCGAAUUGAUCGAAAUUAGAAAUGUUGCUACUCAGGAUUCAUCUGCUGAUGAAGUUCUUAAUGGACCAAUGAUCAAUUGUAAACAAGAUGUAGAUGAUAGUAAUGCCAAGCCGGUAGGUAUUAAACCACUUUCAUGUCCACAUGAAGUGCAAAUGAAUAUGAGUAAGAAUUAUCAUGGUCCACCUAUUCUUGUGGGUGUUGUCAAGGAAGGGGAGAAUUUUGACUUUUGCAUGUGCAACCCUCCAUUCUUUGAGACGAUAGAGGAAGCAGGACAAAAUCCAAAGACUUCUUGUGCUGGAACUACAGAAGAGAUGGUUUGUCCUGGAGGAGAGCAGGCUUUUAUAACCCGCAUGAUUGAUGAUAGUGUUAAGCUCAGGCAGUCUUUUCGGUGGUACACGUCUAUGAUUGGAAGAAAAGCAAACAUGAAAGUUCUGGAAUCAAAACUUUGGGAGGUUGGAGCAACAGUUGUGAAGACAACUGAGUUUGUUCAAGGCCAGACAUGUCGACGGGGACUUGCUUGGUCUUUUGUGCUUCCCACAAAGAAGUCAAUACCCCACCAGAUUUCUGAGAAGAGUAAUUUGUCUUUCAUGCUUGAGAUAAUGUUCCCCAAGGAGCAUUCUGAUGUCAUUUUGAAGUCACUUGAGACACAGAAUGUAAACGAUGCUGACUAUCCAAACGAGUUGGAUUGUUCCAGUAGUCAAAUAAACAACCUGCACUUUCGUGUUUCGGUUUUCAGCAGAUGCCAGGGACACUUUUAGUGAGAGGAUCAUUGCAGAAGAAAGACAGAUCAACAAGCUCAGG